AUGACUGACCACCUGGCGAACAUGGGCGGCUGUGAUUGGAAGGACCCACCGCAGGCUGUCGUAGCAACCGACGAUGAUCACUCUGAGGAGUGGUCUCGUGUUGAGACACGCAGCCUCGACGAUGACGUCCUCCUAGCUGUUCGCGACACCAAUGGCAACGACAAAAGCGACGGCGGCAGCGAGGAAUCUUACGACAAUGAGCCUCCUAAUUAUGCUGAUUCAGCGGACCGAGACCUCCUUCGCCAGUGCUUUCCUGCUGGAACGGCCACACUGCCGGAUCCAAGCUCGCAGGCAUCUCUGUCCUUCAGAACUCAACCCUGUGAGGACAUCAGGGUGAACGAGCCAGAACAGCCAGUGAACGAGCCAGAGCAGCCAGUGAACGAGCCAGAGCAGCCAGUGAACGAGCCAGAACAGCCAGUGAACGAGCCAGAACAGCCAGUGAACGAGUCAGAACAGCCAACUGGACUACAGGCGCGGACAGAGCCAAGGCUUGCCCGAGAUGACGAAAGGAACCUCAAGCGCAAGGCGUCCACUGAGCUUGAGCGCACGCCCUCAAAAUCAACAGAGGAGGUCCGUCGCCGUGGAGGAUAA